AAUUGUGAUUGCUCAUUCUUAUAUAUUAGAAUGUGAGCGUUUUUUUUUGUAUUUGUAAUAGUAAAAAUUCAAAUUCUUGGGCAAAAAAUACAAUUUAAUAAAGUAGAUAUAUUUUCUAAAAGUUUUUCUUCUUCCACUCACAAUGUGUGAUAUAGUAGUACUACAUGAUGGAUAUUCAGCAUUAAAAUCUACAGAAGAAAUGAGUGCAAAUUGUACUUGCACUCUGAUAAAAGGUAGAAAUAACAUAAUAAUAGAUACAAUGACUCCAUGGGACACCGAUAAAAUUGUAAGUGGUUUGAAACAGAACAAUGUUACUGCAGAUGACAUAAAUUAUGUUGUUUCUACUCAUGGUCAUUCAGACCACAUAGGAAACAACAAUAUAUUCCUAAAAGCUAAACAUAUUGUUGGCUUCAGUAUCUCAUUUAAGGAUAGUUAUUAUAUACAUCCCUUUCAGGAAGGAAAAGAAUUUAUAAUAGAUGAUUAUGUGAAGGUCAUUCCAACACCAGGACAUACUCUUUCAGAUGUAACAGUAUUGGCAAUAUCUUCUGAAAAAGAAACAUUUGCUAUUGCAGGUGAUUUGUUUGAAAAAUUUGAAGAUAUAGCAGAUCCAUCUCUAUGGUUAGAUGCAGGAAGUGAAGACCCAACUCAACAAAGACGAAAUAGACUAAAAGUGGCUCAAUUGGCCGACUGGAUUGUGCCAGGACAUGGGCCAAAAUUCGAAGUGACUGAUGAAAUCAGAGAGACUUUGAAAACACAAUAUAACAAUGAGAUAACGAAAUAAAAAUGUUUAAACAGUA